AUGGAGGCACACACACCAAGUAGCGGCGGCAUGGCCACGCGAUGGGAAAUGAGUCCGCGGAUGUCGCGCGGCCGACAAGAAGAGCGAGGCCGAUUCUGGGGCUCCAGCAGGAAGGAAUCCUCAUCGCCCCGUGAAAGGUCCCCCUGCCUUGCGCAAUCCAGCUCACGCGUGCAUCCCAGCCCGCUGAAUCUCCCGGUCGGCGCAUCUCCCCUCGCUGGUCCCCCAGCAGCGGAGGCUUCCCCGUCGCGGGGCGGAUGGGGCGCGAAGUGGGCGUUCUCGGGGCGCCGGUCCAGCCCAAGGCGCGCGCGUUCGAUGUCUCCCGUUCCGCGCAGGGGGAAGGAAGCCCCGCCUAUAACGGUUACUACGGCAGCGAACAGUUUCGCGACGCCAGGCCCAACUCUCCCCGCGCGUCGCGUGGGCAGGCUCUGGUCAGCCGCGCCGCCACCGCCGGCAGCGCACAUGCAAGGACCGGCCGGGUCGGCGGCGCAUGCUGGGGAAGUCGCGGCUCGUCAUACACCGGAAAGCGCCGCACAUCACGGGUUUCCGUGUUUAGCAGUUGGGGAACACGAGGUUGGGGAGAGACGGCGCGUGGCGCAAGGGCCAGGCGGACCGCACGUCGGAAGCUCCCCCGGCGCAGUUGCGGGCGCGGGAGCGGGCGGUGCGGGCCUGCUUGCGCUGCAGCUGCAGCUGCAGGAACGACAGCAAACGGAUGAGGACGAUUGCGAAGAUGGCUCACAUUACUUGGACUACGCGCACCAGCAAUACGGCGGAGUAACUCCACCGGAAAUGCCGCAGCGGAAGAAGAAAGCGGCGGUAUUCCGCGGAUGGUCGUACCUGAUCAAGGCGCUCUCCCGCGGGAUGCGGAAGAGCAAGCAGCGCGGGCGCAGCCCCAGCCCUGACAAGCGCGCGCCGUACGCGGGGGAAGGCGCAGGUGGAGGCGCAACUCCGUCUCCGCCUCCACGGGCAUUCGUGCGCGUGGGCGAAGAGGUGAUCCCGGUGCAGCCGGGGCAGGUGCAGGAGCAGGUGCGCGCGCUGGAGCGGCGCAUUAACUUCUCCGAGGAGGCGGAACCCCGGACGCCCGAGAUGCGCGCACAAGCGCCUUUUGGAACGGUUCUACCCGCGGUGGCGGACGGCGGAAGCGUUGCGCAAACUGGGGCAGAAGGGGGGAAGAAGGAAGGAGGAGUUGCGCUGGUGGAUGUGGGGCGAGUGGGACUGGGGGGAAGCCGCGGAGCGGCGCAAGGGGAAGGUGGCGCGCGGGCUAGACCCGCGCUUGUGGGGAGUUUGCGCUCAUGGAACAACGAGGUGGGGGAGGAAAAGCGCGAUUUGGGAGACGCGGAGCAAGCGGGGGAAGAGACUGCGGAGGCGGAAGGGGAGCGGAAGCUCCGCGCUGGCGCUGCGGCUGCUAAAGCGGCUGCGGCUGAGGGAAAGAGUGAUUCCGCCACGUCGUCGGCAGUUGCACCGGCCAUCGGGUGGGGGAUGGGGUUCAGAAGCGCGCGCAUGGUGCUGCAAGCGCAAACCACGGGCGGUGAGACGGAGGAGGCGGAAGAGGACGAGGAGGAAGGAGAGGCGGCGGUUUCGAAACGCGUGGAGGUAGAAGAGGAGGAGGGGGAGGCGGAAGGAAAGGCGGAUACCGGGGAGGGAAAAUCGGACAUCGUGGAAACGGCGAGCGCAGCUGGAGUGGCAAGUGCGGCGGACGUGCAAGGCUACGCGGCUCUUGCGGACAGAAUCGAUGUCGAGGAUAUCACUAGCGAGGACGAAGCCGACGCGGGCAAUCCAGCAGUACAGGAAGAGGAGGACGAGGAGGAGGAAGAGGAGGGGGACGGCGAGGAGGAAGAGGAGCGGAUCCGCGAGAUGCUGCGCAGCGGCGUGGGCGCGGGCGUGUUGCGCGCGAGCGGGAACUGGCUGGAGCAGGUGGCGGCGGCGGAGCGGGACGGCGCGGUGGACGUGGCGGCGCGGCUGCUGGAGCUCGCCAAGGAAUGCGGCGCGCAGCCGGAGCAUGAGAUCGACGAGGCUCGAGCGGUGUUCUACCAGCGCCACACGCACCUGCGCCGCCCCGCUACGCUUCCUUCUCCUGCCCCUGCUGCUGCUGCUGCUGCUGCUCCUGCUGCUGAAGCUGUUGCUGCUGCUCCUGCCAACAAGGAAUGGCGGGGAGGCGAGGAGCAACAGAGCGGGAUGGAGAUCGAGGUCGAAACAGAAGCCGCAGCGGCAGCAGCGGCAGCGGCAGACGCAGGUAGCGGCGCUACGCCAGAGAAGCUCGGUGGUGUGAGCAGCGAUGGCGAUGCUGCUGCAGAAGGAGGGUGUGGUGAGCAAGAGGAGGCUGACGCAGAGAGCGAGGCAGAGGCGGCGAGCGCGCCUGCUCCGACCCCUGCUGAAGAGCAAGGCACUCAGGCUCGUUGGGAGGAGGAGGAAGAGGAGGAGGUGGUGGAGGAGGAGGAGCAGGGGGCGGCGGAGGAGACGAUGGUGGUGGAGGGGAUGAAUCUAGAGGACAUUGUGAAGGCCGCAGAGGAGGAGGAGGAGGAGGAGGAGGAGGAGGAGGAGGAGGAGGAGGAGGAGGAGGAGGAGGAGGAGGAGGAGGAGGAGGAGGAGGAGGAGGAGGAGGAGGCGGAAGGCGAUGAAGGGGAAACGAAAGGGGAGAAGGAUGAGGAGGGGGAGAUGGAGGAAAAAUCACUGGAGAAGGAGGAGGUUGUGAUAGAGGCGGUAAGGGAGGAGGAGCAGGAGGAGGAUGCGGAGGAGCACGGCUGCUCUGCUGAUGCUGUUGACGAUACUGAUGCUGCUGCUGUGAGUUUGUGGCCGUGUUUGGGCAGUGCUAACCCUCAGGAUGAUGAUGAUGACCUCUCCGCGCUGCUGGCCUUGGCUGUGGAGGACGCUGCGCCAGACACGGAGCAGGCGGAGCAGGAGGAGGAGGAGGAGGCGAGGGACGAGAAGGAGCAAGUGGAGGAGGGGGGGAGGAAGGAGGAGGUGGGAGAAAGAUGGGCGAGAGAGGAGUACGAGAGGGCCGGGGAGCAGGAACAAGGAGCGGUUGUGAUGGAAGAUGGGAGGGAGGAGGCGGACGAGGAUGAGAGGGACUCGGAUGAUUGCAGCAGCAGCGCAGCACAGCUGGAGGACCUCGGCGUGGCUUCUGGCGCUGCUUCUCCUGCCGCUUCUCCUGCUGCUUCUCCUGCUGCUUCUCCUGCCGCUUCUCCUGCCGCUUCUCCUGCUGCUUCUCCUGCUGCUUCUCCUGCUGCUUCUCCUGCUGCUUCUCCUGCAGCUUCUCCUGCCGCUUCUCCUGCUGCUUCUCCUGCCGCUUCUCCUGCCGCUUCUCCUGCCGCUUCUCCUGCCGCUUCUCCUGCCGCUUUUCCUGCCGCUUUUCCUGCCGCUUCUCCUGCUGCUUCCCCUGCUGCUUCCCCUGCCGCUUCUCCUGCCGCUUCUCUUGCCGCUUCUCCUGCCGCUUCUCCUGCCGCCUCCCCUGCCGCUUCCCCUGCCGCUUCCCCUGCCACUUCCCCUGCCGCUUCCCCUGCCGCUUCUCCUGCCGCUUCCCCUGCCGCUUCCCCUGCCGCUUCCCCUGCCGCUUCCCCUGCCGCUUCCCCUGCCUCUUCCCCUGCCGCUUCCCCUGCCUCUUCCCCUGCCGCUUCCCCUGCCGCUUCCCCUGCCGCUUCCCCUGCCGCUUCCCCUGCCGCUUCUCCGGCUGCUUCCCCUGCCGCUUCCCCUGCCGCUUCUCCUGCCGCUUCCCCUGCCGCUUCUCCUGCCGCUUCCCCUGCCGCUUCCCCUGCCGCUUCUCCUGCCGCUUCUCCUGCGGCUUCCCCUGCCGCCUCCCCUGCCGCUUCCUCUGCUGUAUCCCCUGCUGCUGCUCCUGCGGCGCCGCUGUCUCCGGCGCUGCCGUUCUGCGACCUGACGGCGUCGCUGGAAUUCGACAUGCUGCUGUCGUCCGUGGAGUUCCUGUCGCCCGACCAUUCGCUGCGACUGUCCACUGCGUCUGCUGCUGCUGGUGCUGCUACGGGUGCUGCUGCUGGGGCGUUGGGAGCACAUGCUGCGGCCGACGAAACGGAUGCUGCUCUGUUCCUUAGCUUUGAAACCUCUUCUGACGCUGAUGCUGAUGCUGAUGCUGAUGCUGAUGCUGCUGCAGAUGCUGCUGUUGCGCAUGCCGCCUCAGAAGGACUCGUUGAGGCGGAGGAGGAGGAGGAGGAGAAGGAAGAGGCGAAGGACGGAAGUGGUGAGGAGGAGGUAAUACAUGGCGUUGAUGUGGCAUGGCUGGUGGACGGUGGGGGGGUGCAGGAGGAGGAGGAGCGGGGAGAGGAGGAGGAGGAGGAUGAGGAAGAGGAGGAAGCGAGUCAUUUAAGCAAGGAGCAGGAGGAGAGUGAGUCGCAGGCGACGGUGGAGGAAGUGUCGGCAUGGGAAGAAGUGAGCGGAGUAAGCUCGGAGACCGGGGCUGGUGGUGGGAUGGCGGAGGCGCACGAGUCAGCUGCCGUAGACGAGGAGGAGGUGGAGGAGGAGGACAGGGAGGAGCGGGAAGAGGAGGAGGAGGUGCAGGAGGUGCAGGAGGUGCAGGAGGUGCAGGAGGUGCAGGAGGUGCAGGAGGUGCAGGAGGUGCAGGUGGUGCAGGUGGUGGAGGAGGUGGAGGAGGAGAGUGAUGAAGAAGCAGGCGGGGAGGAAUUUGAAGUGUUUGUGGCGGAUGGUGCUGCUGUGCAUGAGCAGACACUGCCGAUGGAGGUGGCGCUCUGCGAGAGGAGAGAGGAGGACGAGGAGGGAGAAGAGGAGACGGGUGAGGAUGUUGAAGAUGCAGCGGCGGCAGAGGCAGGAGCAGCAGCGGAAGAUGCUGCUGCUGCGUGGUGGGAAGUUCAAGCUACUCCCUUGACAGAAGCACAAGUGGACGUGCAGUCGGACGAGGCUGAGACGGAGGAGGCUGAGAGGCUCGAGGUCGAGAGGGAGGUUCGACAGCUAUUGGUGCUGGAGGAAGAGGCGGAGGAGGAGGCGGAGGAGGCGGAGGAGGUGGAGGAGGUGGAGGAGGUGGGGGAAGAGGAGGAGGAGGCAGAGGCCGCAGCUGAGGCGUACUUUGAGACGCCAAAAGCCGUGCUUGAGGGGAUGGAGGAGGCGGGCGAGGAGGUGCAGGAGGAGGUGGGGGGUGAAUGGGAAGCCUCUCUUGCGGACGAUCACUUGAGCGAGUGGGAUGAGCCGUCGUCCUCGUCCAUGCUCCUUGACCUUGCGUCUGGGAGUGGCCAGGAGGACGCUGCUGCUCCAGCUGCUGUGACUACACCACAUGCAGUGGCUGCUUCUGUCGACGCCGUUAAUGCUGUAAGCACUGAUGGUGUGGUGGAUGCUUCCAAUGCUGACGCCGAGCCGGCGCUGCUUGAUGCCUCCGUGGCCGAAGCCUCUGGAGUUUCGGAAGGAGAGGCAGCAGCAGCAGCAGCAGUGGAGGAGAGCGGAGAGGUUAAACAAGCAGGCGUGGUGGUGGUUGCGAGAGGCAUGGCGGCGGAGGAGGAAGAGACGAAGGCGGAGGGAGCGGAAGAGGAGGAAAAGGAGGAGGAGGAGGUGGCGAGUGAGAGGUUUGAGAUGUCUGAGUUGUUGACAGACGAGACGGGAGGCGAGGAAUGUGAGGGGGAUGGGAGAGAGGAAGCGGAGGAUGGAGUGGAGGGAGAGGAGGGAGAGGAGAGUGGAGAGGUGGAAGUUGAGGAGCAGCAGCGGACGGCAAAGGUGCAAGCUGAAGCAGGGCUGGAGGAGGAGGUGGUGGUGGUGCAUGGUGACGGGGAGACGAAGGACGAGGAGGACGAGGCAGAGGAAGAGAUGGAGGAGGAGGAGGAAGUGGAAGAAGACAAGGAAGAAGAGGAAGGGGAGAAAGAGGAGCAGGAAGAGGAGGUGGAAGUAUACGUGGCAGAGAUUUCGGAUGUGGAAGGUGGGGUGUCAGGUGCGGUGGAAGACGAGAACGUAUGGUCUGCGGAGGAGAUAGCAGCGGACGAGAAAGCAGCACACAAGAGUGACGGCGCGGCAGUUUUGGAGGUGCUGGAGGCAGACGAGGAGGAGGAGGAGGAGGCACGUUGGGAGGAGGGAGGGAGGGACGGAGAGCAGGCGGAAGAGGAGGUGGAGGAGGCUGGUGAGUUGUUGCGUCUCACAGGGGAUGGUGUGAUGGGAGAGGAAGAGGUGGAAAUAAGGGAAGGGACUGCGACAGUGGGAGUGGAAGAGGCAGUUGGGGAGGGAGGAUCAGUGGCGGAGGAAGAAAGAGUGGAGGAGGUGCAGGAGCAGGUUGAUACAGAAACAGGAGUGGACAUGCAGGAGGCGGUGCUGACAGGGAGAACGCACGACGCUGGGAACGCGCGUGCAGUGGAGGAGGCGGAAGAGAAGGCGGAGGAAGUGGAGGUGGAGGGGGUAGCAGAAGGAAGAGUGGCAGAGGAGGCUGCGGUUACGGCAGGCGAGGAGGAGGAGUUGGCAGUAGAGGCGGAGGUGGCGGUAGAGGAAGAGGCGGAUCUGGAUUUGGAGGCCCUGGUUGAAGCGUUCGGAGAGGAUGGUGACGGGGAAGAGGAAGUGGGAGAGGACGAAAAGGAAGAGAUGAAAGAGGUGGAAGAGGAGGAGUGGGAGACGGCGAUGCAAGGGCUGGAGCAAGCCGCAGAGGAAGUGGCGGCCGAGGAGGUGGAAGCCGAGGAGAAGGAUGAGAUUGAUUCAGAGAAGCAGGAGGAGGAGGAAGAGGCAGUGGGAGGAAGGGAAAGUGGGGCGACAGACGCGGUGGAGGACGGGAGUGAGGCGACUAGAGCAGAGGAGGAUGAGAGCGAGCAAGUGAACGGAGUGGAGGGGGUGAAAGAGGAGGCUGCAGAGGAGGAGGCGAGUGAGGAGGAGGGUGAGGAAAUGGAAGCAGCAGUUGCAGUGAGUGAGGUGGCUUGUGCAGUGCGGGAAGAGGCGGAUGAGGAGGUAUCCGAGGGCGAGAGGGACGUGGAGGGAGCAGAAGAGUCAGAGAGUGGCGGUGAGGGGGAGAGGGAGAGCGGAGGAGAGGAGGGAGAGAGCAAUGCAUUGGUGGAAGCAGCUGGUUGGGAUGAGACCCAGGUUGGUGCGGUGGAAUGGGGGCGCACAGAGAGAAUGGAGGAGAAGGUUGAGGAGGAGGUGGAGGAGGAGGAGGUGGAGGAGGAGGAGGUGGAGGAGGAGGAGGUGGAGGAGGAGGAGGUGGAGGAGGAGGAGGUGGAGGAGGAGGAGGUGGAGGAGGAGGUGCAUGCUGAGGAGGUAGAGGAGGAGGAGGUGCAUGCUGAGGAGGUGCAUGCUGAGGAGGGGGGUAAAGAAGAGGAAGCGGAAGAAGGGGAGGGGGAGGAGAGAAAGGAAAAGGAAGAAGUAGAGGAGGGGGAAAUGGGAGUUGGUGGUUUGCGUGAUAGUGUGAGUCUGGUAGGAGUGGACGAGCUGAUGAUGCUGAUGGAGGAGGAGGAGGAGGAGGAGGAGGAGAAGCACGAAGAGAAGGAGCUGGUGUGCCCAGAAGAAGACGGAGAGAAAACUGAAGUAGAGGCAAGGGAGGCGGAGAGAGGGCCGGAGGGAGCAGAGGAGGUGGAGCAAGAGGCGGUUCUGGAGGGGGUGGAAGAGGAGGAGAAUACCAUUGUUGCUGAAGGCGAGGUGGGAGAGGAGAAGGCGGAGGAAAUGGUGGAGGAGGGCGAGGAGGAGAAGGUGGUUGCAGAGGGGAUGGAAACAGCCGAGGUAACACGAGUGGAGAAGGAGGCGAGUGAGGAGGAGGGUGUGCAGGGAGAGCAGGGAGAGCAGGGAGAGAUGCUACCAUCGCAGGCUGAUGAAGCCUCUUUGGCAGUGGAGAAAGCAGUGGCGCAAAAAUGUUCAAUCGCCACUACCACUGCUGCAGAAAAGGAGGAGGAAAAAGCCCAAGGAGUAGAAGCCCAGGGGAAGGAAACUGGAGAGGAGGAGGAAGAAAGGAAGCAAGGGUGGGAGGCAUCAGGAAGUGUAUGGGAUGAUGAGGAUCUGGAGAGCGGUGAUGGGCAUCUGAGCGACGUACUGGGGCCCAUGAGCCCGCCCUCCCACCCCACGUCUCUGCCCACUUCGUGCUUCACGUCGCCCCCCUCUCGCCACGCGGUCUUCCCCACUGAUCGGCUUCCUGGUGGCAGCUGCAGCUUCUCAGGCCGAACCAAGCACGGUGCUGGUGCGGCUGCCGCUCCUGCUGCUGCUGGUGGUGCUGUGCCUGGUGCAUCGGCUGGGAAGGAUGCGGCAGCAGCGAUGGACGAGGAGCAGCGGAGGAGGGCAGAGGAGGCGGAGGACGAGGCGGCAUGGGAGGCACUCAUACAGAGCGAGAUGGACUGGGAGGUGCUGUAUGGGGGGUACCUCACAGGAGGGAGUGCGUCGGGCAGUGUGUGCAGCAGCAGGCGCGGCGCCAUUGCAGCAGCGAUUGCUGCAGGAGGUGGUGCUGACGGCAUGGAUUGUGGCGCCAGUGAGUGUGGCAGCAUCAACUGGCAGCAAUUCGACACGGCCAGUAUGUACGAGUAUGAGCAGGAGCAGCAGCACAAGAGCCCUCUAGUACUGGCAGCUGCAGCUGCCAAGUCUGCUGUGGAAGCUGCCAAGGCAGCAGGAGGAAGAGUAGCAGGUGGUGGUGCUGGAGCCAGAGGAGCAGGCGCCAAGGCAGGCGUGAGAACCCAGCAGCAGCAGCAGUUUCCCCGCUCUAGCAGUGCGGAUCGAGCAAGCAUCCGGCAGAGAGCCAACCCGCAUCAGCAGCAGCAGCAGCCUUUCUCCUCGCCCAGCCGUGUGCAUUCCAACGGCAGCGCCAGCAGCGGCAGCACCAUGAGCGGUGUCAGCGGGUCGGGAUACAGGCAAGGCAGCUACAGCAUCAACAACACCACCACUAGGGGCAACACCGUGGGCAGCAGCGGCAGCAGUAGCACACGGGCGUCACCUGUCCAUCUGGGUGCAACCCGGGGAGGUACUGCCUCUCUCUCUGCCCGCCACUACCCAGCUUCUGCUGCUGGGUCUCCCCUCCUCUCCUCCUCCGCCCGCACGUCCCCCAGACAUUCGGGAGCUGGGAUGGAGGCACUAUUGGGAAUGGAGGCUGAGGAGAAAGGGUUCCUAUUGGAUGAGCCCUUGUCCCUCUAUGGCUGCAAGACUGCCCCUGCUGCGGCUGCUCUGCAUGCCUCUGCUACGCAACCGUGCAACCAGAAGCAGCAGCAGCGGCAGCUUUCUAUGUCGCAGGUUUCACCGAGAAUCGGCCGUGGAUCAUCAGCAUUUGUGGGGGCGCAUUCGCUCUCUGCUGCUGCUUCUCCAAGGUCCGCCACUGCUGCCGCUGCCGCUGCUGCUGGUGGGUUUGGAAGCAGUGGUGGCAUCGGCAGUGGUGGCAUUGGCAGCGGUGGGAUUUCCUCUGCGGCCAGCAUUGCUGCGGCCAUGUCCCCUCGUGCAGCCAGUGUGUGUGGCAGCAGCACUACUUUCCUCAACCCUGCCACUGCCUCUGGUCUGAUCAGCCCUAGGUCGACGGGUAUGCUAAGCCCUCGUGCCAGCCUCACCCAAUCCCGCUCCUUCUCUCACUCAUACCACCACCACCCGUUUGCCGCCCCUCCUCCUGGUAUUGACGACCCUGCUGGUACCAUGCAGGCGGUUGCAGCAGCAGCUGCUGCUGCCACUGCAGUGGCGGCUGCUGCUGCAGCUGCAGGCCCCAAGGCAGGGUACGGUGGAGCAAGGACCGGGGGAGCAGGAAGAGGAACUGGGUUGAAUGGGCUUGGUCGCUCACCUGUUCGGGGAGCAGGUGUGGGACGAGCAGGACUGGGUGCUGGUAGUAGCAGUGGUGUGGGAAUGAUGGCUGAUGAGAGGAGGCGGGCGUCACCGGUGCCUGGGGGAGAGUUGGUGGUGGCGCUGGAGGUGCAGGGUUUGCAAGCAGCAGCAGCGUCGGCGGCGGCGGCAGUGCGUGGGCCGCCAAGCCUCCUAGCCCGCGUAGUCCCAGCCCGGGAGACAGACUUCCGUGGGGGGGAGCACCAGGUGGGACAGCUGGCGCAAUGGGCCGUGGACGUGGUUCACCAAGGCCAGGAAGGAAACUAUCUGCUCCCACCACAUCAUCAAGAUUGA